AUGGCCAGAAGGGCCUUGAAACUUGUCUCUCUGGCAGCAGCCAGCUCUGGUUUCUACCUGUACAGCAGCAAGUACCUGGAUCCCAAUGAUUUUGGAGCUGUUCGGGUGGGCAGAGCCAUUGUCACAACAGCUGUUAUCACCUAUGACUACCUCACUUCUCUCCGGAGUGUCCCGUAUGGAUCACAGGAGUAUGCCUACCUCAAAUCACAGGUGCAUCUGCGCUCUGCGGAACGCCUCCGGGACCUGUGCUGUGCCAACAGAGGCACCUUCAUCAAAGUGGGACAGCAUCUGGGGGCACUCGACUACCUUCUGCCUGAGGAAUACACUCGCACCCUGAAGGUACUACACAGCCAGGCCCCACAGAGCAGCAUGCAGGAGAUUGAACAAGUGAUCCGGGAGGACCUGGGCAAAGAGAUUCUCCUGCUGACCGUGAAGCAGAUCUUCCCAGACUUUGAGUUCAUGUGGCUGGUGGAUGAAGCUAAGAAGAAUUUGCCCCUGGAGUUGGACUUCCUCAAUGAGGGGAGGAAUGCAGAAAAGGUGGCCCACAUGCUCAAGGACUUUGACUUCCUGAAGGUCCCUAGGAUCUACUGGGAGCUGUCAACCAGGCGCGUCCUUCUCAUGGAGUUUGUGGAAGGCGGGCAGGUGAAUGACAGGGCCUAUAUGGAGAGGAACAGCAUCGACGUCAAUGAGAUCUCUCGCAAUCUGGGGAAGAUGUACAGUGAAAUGAUCUUUGUGAACGGCUUCGUACACUGUGACCCGCACCCGGGCAACGUGCUCGUGAGGAAGUGCCCAGCCACCGGCAAGGCCCACAUUAUAUUGCUGGACCAUGGGCUCUACCAGGUCCUGACAGAGAAGUUCCGCUUGGACUAUUGCCGGCUCUGGCAGUCCCUGAUCAAGGCUGAUAUGAAGAGGGUGCAGAAGUACAGCCGACGGCUAGGGGCAGGUGACCUGUACCCACUCUUCGCAUGCAUGCUCACCGCCAGGUCCUGGGACUCUGUCAACAGGGGCAUCGACCGGUCACCAGUCACAGCCAAUGAGGACGUGGAGAUCCGGACCAAUGCUGCUGCUUACCUACCUCAGAUCAACCAGCUCCUCAACAAUGUGCCCCGCCAGAUGCUGCUGCUGCUGAAGACCAAUGAUUUGCUAAGGGGGAUUGAGUCAGCCCUACACACACGGGCCAGUGCCAGCUCCUUCUUCAACAUGUCUCGCUGCUGCAUUAGAGCCGUCUCCACGUAUCAGAGGAGCAAGUCUCACUCCCUGUACAGAACGGCCAAGAUCUCUCUCUUAGAAGCUCUGAGCCUGUGGCAGAUCAACUUAUAUGAACUCUUCCUGCGGCUGAAGGGGUCCCGGCUGGGGAACUGGGUCAUUGCUUUCCUGAGCCGGAUGCACCAUUCUCCGUACUGACAGGAACUGGUGGGAGAAGCCUGGGCAAUUAUUGCUCGCCUCCAUUCUCCGCAGCACACUUGCCUUCCUGACCAUUCCUGUCCGUACUCCACAAAGGCUAUUGAGACGCUUUUCUUGUAACGCAUGGUGCCGGCCUUGGCUGUCAGAGCAUAAGCUUCUCUAUAGCAGAGAGGGAGGGGAGAGCAGGG